UAUAGUAACGCUUUAUAUACUGUCACUCUCUCAUACAAUUUCUUUACCCCUAAACCCAACUUUCGUUCCUAUUUGCAUGGCACUGUCACUCGUAACUUCUUCUUCUUCUUUUUUUCAAAUCAAUUUCAAUCCCUUUUCAUCUCAAUCUUUUUCCCUCUCAGUAGCCAAAAAUUAGCUUACGUUACGUGCACUCAUCGAUAUCGUUUUCUUCAUGGACUCGAAUAAUAACGAUUCCUUAGAUGUUCAUGCAAUGUUUCGGUACUUUUUGCAUGAUUAUCUUAUCAAAAAGGGAAUGUAUAGCACUGCUGCGAUUUUCAUGAACGAAACCACCGUUCCGCAAACUCCUACUUACCCGAAGUGUUUGGAUUUAGAGCUUGAUUCUCCAGAUGGAUUUCUGCAUGAAUGGUGGUCUAUUUUCUAUGAGACAUAUUUGUCUAGAGUAAAGAGGCAUCAAGGGUCUGAUCCACAGUCCUCUAAUAAAAUGGUUUCUAGAUUGACCAAUACUCCAAUGGAUGAUAGUUCCACUUUUAGAAUCCCCCAAAUGCCAAUGAUUGAGCAGAGAUCUCAACAGUUUCAAGCCAGCUCUAGCUUUAACAGCAUCAUAGCACAACAGGCUUCUCACUUGAUGAUACCUUCAAGACUGCAAAAUAAUGAGCACCUUGGCAAUUUUGCUGAAAAUAUUGAUCCAAGUGUGCUUGCUCUUUUCAGUGAAAAUAACCCGGACUUCUUCUCAGGGAUUAGUUCAAUUCACCCAUCGCAAGAUGUAGGCAACCAGCUCCAGAAGCAAGUCUAUAAGGAUAGUGGUAUUCGUAUGCGUGUGGGGCCUCCCAUACCUAGAAACCCUCUGGAUGCAAGACAAAAAGCAAUGCUGCCUUUAGAUGGAGCUCAAGUAACAAACAACUAUGAAGCUCCUAAUUUUGUGCCAACAAAUGGAUUGCAAUUAAAUAACCAGAUGCUAACUUCACUUUCGCAAAUACCAAACUGUGGACAGCAUCCUCAAGUGUUGAACAGACAAAAUCAGGACGCAGUCCUAAGUCAAGAACUUACAAGUACUUCUAAUGGUCAGAUUUUCACAGCUCCUAGAAUCUCUACCAGAUGUAACGGUCAAGUAACAAACUAUGAAGCUCCUAAUUUUGUGCCAACAAAUGGACUGCGAUUAAAUAACCAGAUGCUAACUUCACUUUCGCAAAUUCCAAACUAUGGACAGCAGCCUCAUGUGUUGAACAGACAGAAUCAGGACGCAGUCCUUGGUCAAGAACUUAUUACAAGUACUUCUAAUAAUCAGACUUUCACAGCUCCUAGAAUCUCUACCAGAUGUAACGGUCAACUAACAAACAACUAUGAUGCUCCUAAUUUUGUGCCAACAAAUGGAUUGCCCUUAAAGAACCAGAUGCUAACUUCACUUUCGCAAAUGCCAAACUAUGGACAGCAGCCUCAUGUGUUGAACAGAGAAAAUCAGGACGCGAUCCUUGAUCAAGGACAAGAACCUACAAGUACUUCUAAUAGUCAGACUUUCACAACUCCUAGAGUCUCUACCAGAUGUAAUGGUCAAUAUCCAGAGAUUCCCAAGAAUGAAACAAGCAAUAAGGAUAGAGAGAUACUGGACCAAGUUAUAGUUGGAGAACCUCAAUGUCAGCCGGAUCUUCAAAUGCAGAUGCAGUCCCAAAAUCUUGAUAUACUGGACCAAAUUAUAGUUGGAGAACCUCAAUGUAAGCCGGAUCUUCAAAUGCAGAUGCAAUCCCAAAAUCUUGAUAACCGCGCAAAGAGAAAGAUAACAGACCGCUUGGGACCUGAAGAACCUGUCCUGGACUGUGUGGAUGUAGCAGAUGAAAAACCAGAAGAUGAAAAUGUGGAUUCUUACCUGUCUAUUGAAGAUGGAAAUUCUGAUCAUCGAACUAUGCCUUUUAAAAAUCUGAAACGAAUUUCAGGAACAAACAGUAGAAAUGAAAAUAAAGAUUUUUCACUCCAAGAAAUUGGAUGCCUUCACUCGAGCAAAAGCAAGGUUUUGGCCAGCCAUUUUUCAUCAAAUGGAAAAAUUCUGGCAAGUGCUGGGCAUGACAAGAAGGUUUUUAUUUGGAAGAUGGACACCUUUAAUAAUUAUGCUACUGAAGAAACACAUUCACUUCUCAUCACAGAUGUUCGGUUUAGGCCAGGUUCAACUAUAUUUGCAACAUCUUCCUUUGAUAAAUCUGUAAGAGUAUGGGAUGCAGACAGACCAAAAAAAUCGUUGUUCAGCCUUUCUGGACAUUCUGAACAAGUAAUGUCACUGGACUUCCACCCAAGUAAGGUGGACCUUCUUUGCUCGUGUGAUAGCAAUGAUAUAAUCCGUAUGUGGAAUGUGAACCAGCGUUCUAUCUUACAUAUAACUAAGGGAGGUAGUAAACAAGUUAGAUUUCAGCCUGUUCAUGGGAAGUUUAUAGCUACUGCUACUGGAAAUAUUCCCAAACUAAUUGAUGUUCAGACCGCUAAAGUUGUGUGCAAUCUAAAGGCACAUGAUAAAGAUGUAGCUUCCAUUUGUUGGGAUAGAAGUGGAAAGUUUCUUGCUUCUGUCAGUGAAGACUGUGCACGAGUUUGGUCAGAUGGAAAAUGCAUCAGUGAGUUGCUUUCAAACGGGAACAAGUUUCAAUCGUGCGUAUUUCAUCCAACAUAUUCUAACCUCUUAGUUAUUGGUGGCUAUCAGAACCUUGAAUUCUGGAGUCCAAUUGAGAGCAGUAGAACAAUGUCAGUAAUGGCACACAAAGGGUUGAUUGCUGGACUGGCAGAUUCACCCGAAGAUGAAUUGAUUGCCUCGGCUAGCCAUGAUUGCUUGGUGAAAAUAUGGAGAUAAGGAUUUGAUGGACGCGCUUCUGUGCCAGGAUGUUAAUCUUUAGGGAAUAAUGACAGGACUUCCUUUCCUGCUAAAUCUUUUUGGGAUUGUUUAGAUAGUCUAUAGUUAAAGGUUUAUCACAUUACAAAGGGACCCAAUAAAAGUUUUAAUAUUUGAAUCAAAAUCAAAUUUUAUGAUAUGAAAUGGAGUUGAAUGAAUCAUUUUUAGUGGAUUGUUGAGCUCCAAAACAUCUAUCUAGACAUCAAGGGAGUUGAAUAAAGUGUGAUUAAGGAGAA